AUGCUUGGAAAUGUUGAGUUUGCUGCCGAAUACAAACGCAUCGAGUACUAUAUAGCCAAGGGUUAUGCCCGGAAGUUAUCGGCAACAGAAGCUGGCUUGAGUUCACCAAAAACGUGGUACCUACCACACUUUGCCGUGUCUAACCCUAAUAAGCCGGGCAAACUACGUUUGGUUUUUGAUGCUGCUGCUGAAGUCGAAGGUGUCUCGUUGAACGCACAUCUUUUGAAGGGACCGCAGAACUACAAAUCGUUGCCAUCUAUUCUCUUUCAUUUCCGCCAAGGUGCGAUGGCGGUAAGCGGAGACAUAAAAGAAAUGUUUCACCAAAUAUUAGUGCAGCCAGAGGAUAGAUGUGCACAGCGAUUUCUAUGGAGAAAUGGUGAGAGUAAUAGGAGACCAGAAGUCUAUGAGGUGUCGGUAAUGAUCUUUGGCGCUGCUUGUUCGCCAUGUGCAGCCCACUAUAUUAAGACAGUUAACGCGCUAGAACACCGCUCUGAUCAUAAGAACGUAAGUCGUGCUGUAAAGUCCAUUUUGGAGCAUCACUACGUGGACGACAUGGUUGACAGCUUCGGUUCAGUAGAAGAAGCCAUCACUGUUUCGGAGAUGGUACGAGCUAUACACUUAAAGGCUGGGUUCGAGCUUCGAAAUUUUGCUUCAAAUUCACAAAAGGUAAUGAGUGAGAUUGGUGGUAAAGAAAUAACGCGUGCCAUUUCAAAGAAAGAAGGAGUGCUGGUGGAAAAGGUGCUCGGAUUAUUUUGGCAAUCUUCAACUGAUUGUUUUAGAUUUCAGUUGAAGUUUAAUAAAGUUGAUGCGGCGGUUAUUAAUGGAACGAGAUUUCCCACCAAAAGAGAACUCCUCAGCGUUGUAAUGUCGAUCUUUGAUCCUUUGGGAUUUUUAUGUAAUUUUGUCGUGGGUGCUAAGGUAAUAAUGCGCGAGGUAUGGAAACACAAUAUUCAUUGGGACGAGCCGUUGCCGAGCGACAUUAACGAUGCAUGGGAGAGAUGGCGUAACCAACUAACUGCAGUCGUCAAAUACACUAUUCCACGUUUCUAUUUCCUGAAAGGUAUGCCAAAAAUAUUGCAGCUCCAUGUGUUUGUUGACGCCAGUGAGGUGGCCUUUGCCGCAGUCGCCUAUUGGAGGUCAGAAAGUUUCAGCGGCGAAAUUGACGUGUCAUUUAUUUCUGCGAAGUCCAAGUGCGCUCCAAUAAAACCACUGACAGUGCCUCGACUUGAACUUCAAGCAGCAGUCUUAGGAAGCCGCCUAAUGAACAAUAUACGUAAGGAGCACUCUUUAGAUAUUAGUCAGUGCGUUCCGUGGACCGAUUCUAAGACUGUAGUUAGUUGGAUAAGGUGUGAGCAUCGUCGGUACAAACCGUUUGUACAACAUAGAAUUGCGGAAAUAUUGACGGCUACAGAUGCUACGCAAUGGAAGUGGCUACCAACGGAUUCGAAUGUUGCUGAUGAGGCCACACGUACGAAUAAUCGCAUUGACUUCAGGCCAACAGGUCGUUGGACAUCUGGUCCAGCUUUUUUACACCAGUCGCAAGAUCAUUGGCCUGGAAGCAACAUUGAAUUGUCAACUGAAGAUCCUCUUGAAGAAGAACUUCGCCAUAAAUACGCUUUGGUAAUCGUACAUACUGAUAUAUUCGAAUUUAAACGUUUUUCUACUUUCAUGAAACUGGUGAGAGUUGCAGCAUGGGUGCUACGCUUUAUACAUAUCUGUCGUCGCCGUAUGCAACCAGAAACUCGAUAUGGUUUGACUGCUGGAGAAAUCAAACCUGCCAAGAAGUUGCUUUGCCGUUUCGUUCAAGAAGAAGCAUUUACCACAGAGAUUCAGCCGAUAAAGAAUGGUCAAAAUAUUACCAGCAAUAGUACGCUUCUUCAGUUUUCGCCAUACAUAGAUGAAGAAGGCGUUCUUCGCGUAAAUGGUCGUAUAGACGCUGCCAGCUGGUUGCCUGUAAACUGUAGACAUCCCAUCAUUUUGCCACAAAAUCACCAUUUCACGAGACUUGUGAUGCAUUAUCAUAAAAUUAUGCGCCACCAGAACCAUGAAGCUACCAUAUGUAAGAUUCGUCUUAGCUUUUGGAUUUCAAGACUAAGAACGCUAUUACGUAGUGUUGUUGGAAACUGA